AUGAGUUAUGAUGUUCUUGGUAUAGACCCAUCAGAAAGGGUUUCUAUCAAAGUAAGGAACUUAAGUGUUUCAGUCAACGGUCAGGUAGCUAAAUCAACAGAUGAAGAAUUGAAUGUUGGUAAGCCUCGCAAUCAUAUCUUAGAAGAUAUCUCGUUUGAUUUGAACAGUGGGGAAUUAUUGGCUAUUAUGGGUGGUUCAGGUAGUGGUAAGACUACCUUAUUAAACACAUUAUCUCAAAGAUUGAAUGUUUCCAACAAAAAGUUGGCAUUUUCUGGGAGUAUCAAUUAUUUCAUGAACGAUGAGGCUGUUGGUAACAACCAUAUUAAGAACUCGUACAUGUUACAAACGGAUUUUUUCACUCCCGGAUUAAGUACUUGGGAAUUCUUGAACUACCAAGCUGAUUUAAGAUUACCUGGUCUGAUAACAAAAGAAGAAAAGAGGAAUUUGAUCGAAUCAUUAUUGGAUAUUUUAGAAAUUGGUCAUUUAAGGAAUAAGAUUAUCAUGACUUUCAGUAACAAAACAAACUUGUCAGGUGGAGAAAGAAGGAGAGUAUCUUUGGCAGUGCAAUUAUUAAGUAAACCUUCUUUGUUGUUCCUCGAUGAACCAACUACUGGUUUAGAUACUUCAUCAUCUUUAAAAUUGGUGCAAGUAUUAAGAAAAUUAUCUUCAUCAGAGUUGGGUGUCACCAUUGUUUUAUCCAUUCAUCAACCUAGACCAGAGAUUUCCGUGGUAUUUGAUAAGAUUUGUUUAUUAACUAGAGGUGGAAGGUUGGUAUAUUAUGGGAAUUUAGUGAAUUCAUUCACUUACUUUAGUAACUUGAAUUUGUUACCCUCAGAUAUUCAAACUUCUAAAGUGGUUGAUUUUAUCAUGGACUUGUCUGUCAAAGAUACAACUUCUAAGGCCAAGGAACAAGAGACGGCUAUGAAGAUCAAUAAAUUGGUGGAUAAUUGGAAACUUCAACAAAGUAUUGAACCUGUUCAACCUACGUCUUUUGAAUCCAACUUGAAAUUAUUUCAAACACCAAGGAAUCUCAAGAUCUCUUUCUUAAGGGAAUUGAUUAUUCUUACCAAAAGAACAUUUGUUUUAAGUUACAGAGAUACUUAUUCUUAUAUAUCCUUAACAGGAUUAACUGUCAUAUUAGCAAUCAUUAACGGAGUAUUGUUUUAUAAACCACCUCCUGAUUUGGCUGGUAUAAGAUCUUACACCUCAAGUUUAUACGUUAUGGUUGAGGUUAUGGGAUUCAUGCCACUUUUCAUAGAAAUUGAAAGAUUAUGGGCAGUGGAUGGAAUAAUGUUUUUCCGUGAAUAUACUGAUAAUUAUGUUAGUAUUCCUGGUUUCAUAAUAUCAAGAAAAUUGGGUAAAUUGGUUCUCGAAGAUGUGCCUGUAAGUUUUGCCUUCGCUUUCAUUACAUAUUUCAUGUGGGGAUUAAGAACAAGUGAUGAAAUAGGUGGUGACUUCAAUAUUCACUACUUCUUGAUUUAUUGGGCUGUUUGUGUCUUAGUUUAUUUGAUCGCUAUAGCUUCAGCCUUAGCGGCAUUUGCUGUUUCUUCAGACUUCCCUGUCACAGCUAUGAUUCAAAAUUUGUUUUAUCAAUUACAAAAUAGUGCAUGUGGAUAUUUUGUUAAUGCUGCUACUAUGCCAGUUUAUGUGAGAUGGUUAAAAUACAUUUGCUAUUUCUGGUACGCUUUUGGUGCCUUAGUGGCCAACCAAUAUACUAAUUGGCAUGGAGAUUGUCCCUAUGAUUCAGAAGAAAGAUGCAUCGAAUAUAGUGGAGACUACCAAUUAGAAGUGUUGGGAUUUCCUAGAAAUUGGGUUGCUGAACCAAUUUGGAUCCUUGUUGCCUGGUUGAUAGGUUUCUAUUUGAUGGCAGCUAUGGGAUUCAAAUUCAGAAGUUAUGAUGUGAAUAUGGCUAAAACCAAACAAAACAAAAUUGGUGAAGAAGAAGAUAGCGAGCCCAAAGAAACGUCUUCUCAUGAUGAAAAUCUUAAAGAAAAGUCUGUGGAACUCAAUGAUUAUGAGUUUGAUAAUGAUUUACAAAAUGAUGUUUCUAUUCAACUUCAAGAUAUCAGUCUUAAGGUCCUCCCACUGAAGUUAUCAUUCAAGAGGUCAGAAUUUCAAAUUUUGAACUCCAUAACUGCUAAUUUCCAAGCUAACAAAGUCAACGUUAUCAUGGGACCUUCAGGAAGUGGUAAGACUACAUUAUUGAAUUUAAUCUCUAACAGAUUACCCAAGUCCAGUAAUUUCGAAUUAACAGGUAAGGUAAGAAUCAACGAUGUCCAGGAAAUAUCUAUCAACGAAUUGAGUAAAAUUUCAGGAUAUGUUACACAAUUUGAUAAUUCCUUAAUCCCACAUUUGACUGUUCGUGAAACUUUCUAUUAUCAAGCCAAAUUGAGAUUGAAAGUCAAAGAGCAUCCUCGUAUUCCAAGUAUCAUAAACACCUUGAUCAGAGAAAUGGGUUUAGUGGAUUGUGCUGAUACCGUUGUAGGAAAUGAGAUUUUGAAGGGAAUUUCAGGAGGUGAAAGAAGAAGAGUAUCGAUUGGUAUUCAAUUACUUUCAAAGCCUAAAGUAUUGUUUUUGGAUGAACCUACUUCAGGUUUGGAUUCGGCUACUUCUCAAUCCAUUGUGAACUUAUUAGACCAAUUAACUAAGGAAAAUGGUACCACCGUCAUAUCAACUAUCCAUCAACCUAAUGAAGCGAUGUUCAGAAGAUUCGGAUCGAUGCUUUUGUUAGCCAGAGGUGGAAAUGUUAUUUUCAAUGGUCCUGGUGAAAACAUUGAAAGUUACUUACGUGAUAUUAAUUUCACCAAACCUGAAGAUGUAAAUAUUGCUGACUAUAUUUUAGAUAUUGUGAGUCAAGGGUUGGAUGAAACUAAAGAACAAGUAAGUUCAAGAGUUGACCGAUUGACGAAUAAUUGGAAACAACAAGGUGAAGUCCAAUUCACCCGAGGCAAUGAAGUCAAUGUCAAAGAUUUCAAAUUGAGAAAAGUACCAUUGAACGUUAGAUUCAAAGCAGUAUUCCAUCGUCAAUUAUUGAGUUCCUUUAGAUCAAGAGAUGCUUUGAUCACCAGAACCACUCAAGUUUUGGCAUUGGCCAUUAUUCAUACUUUAUUCUUCGCCCCUUUGAGAAAUUCCAAAGAAGGUAUUGACAAUAGAUUGGGAUUGAUUCAAGAAGUAUUAAAUUUUGCAUUCAUUGGAUUAAUCAAUAAUUUUGCUAUCUUCCCUAUAGAGAGAGAUUUAUUCUAUCAAGAAUAUCAUGAUGGGUUGUAUAGUAAUCUCGAAUUCCAAACCAUUUACUUUGUUAUUGAAAGUGUUAUUGAAAUAGUCACAUGUUUGUUAUUCAGUGUUUUAAUAGUGUUUGCUAUUGGAUUACCAAGAACUGCAGGAAUGUAUUUCAGUAUGUUCUUAACAUCUUUCAUUUCAAUCAAUACUGGUGAAAGUACGGGUAUCAUGGUGAAUGCGGUAUUUGAUCAUUUGGGUUUAGCUAUUAAUAUUCUAUGUAAUAUAAUGGUGGUUGCUAUAUUUAUGGGAGGUACUAUGUCAUUACAUAUGCCAGCAUUCUUUAGAGCCAUCAAUUAUAUAAAUCCAUUGAAAUACGCUGUUGGUAUUUGUGCUGAAUUGAGUUUGAGAGGUCAAGAAUUCGAUUGUGGUAGUGCUAUAGGAUGUAGUUUAAAUUCAGGUAAUAAAGUAUUGGAAUAUUAUAAUUUAUCCAGUUACUUACCAGGAUACUUUGGUGGUUUAAUAGCCUGUUUUGUACUUUAUAGACUUGUAGCUGUUGCAAUUUGUGAAGUGAAAAUAAGAUAUUUCUUAUGA